AUGAACCGCAUGCGGCUACGGAUCGCGGAGCGCCUAAAGCAGUCUCAAAAUACCGCGGCAUCACUCACUACCUUCAACGAAGUGGACAUGUCAUCUCUCAUGGAAUUCCGUAAACUCUACAAGGACGAUAUUUUGAAGAAAACCGGUGUAAAAUUGGGCUUCAUGAGCGCGUUCUCCCGUGCCUGUGUCUUGGCUAUGAGGGAUAUUCCAACUGUCAAUGCGUCUAUUGAAGGUCCUAAUGGCGGUGAUACAAUUGUCUAUAGAGACUACGUCGAUAUCAGCGUUGCGGUAGCGACGGAAAAGGGAUUGGUCACCCCUGUUGUUCGAAACGCUGAGUCCAUGGAGCUAAUUGGUAUUGAGAAGGCGAUCGCAGACUUGGGUAAAAAGGCGCGUGAUAACAAAUUGACCAUCGAGGAUAUGGCCGGUGGCACCUUCACCAUUAGCAACGGAGGCGUUUUCGGAUCUCUGAUGGGUACACCCAUCAUCAAUCUUCCGCAAACAGCUGUGCUCGGCCUGCAUGCUAUCAAGGACAAGCCAGUCGUCGUUAACGGAAAGAUCGAGAUCAGACCUAUGAUGUACCUUGCAUUGACCUACGAUCACCGCCUCUUGGAUGGUCGGGAAGCCGUUACUUUCCUAGUUAAGAUUAAGGAGUAUAUCGAAGAUCCAAGACGGAUGCUGUUGGCAUAA